AUGGAUGAUGACAAGAUGUCAUGUGGGCAAGAAGUUGGCAUGUCAAGUGGGGAAGCAUCGAUGCGAUCUCUGCAUGAGAUUGAAUGCCCGGUAAGUGGGGCAGCAAUCGGUAAUUCCUCGAUAGAAUCUGCAGAUUUGCCUCUGUCAUGUGCGGAAGCGGACGUCGAAGUAUCAUGCAGUACAGUCAGCAUGUUCAAGACGCAUAUGGCCGUCGGCAAUUUCUUCACGCAAUUUGUCGGCACCCAAUCAGGCACCACAUCCGUUUCCUUGCCAGUUUACUCGCCAACCAUUUACAAAGUUCCACAAAGAAUCCGGCAAGCAAACAAGCAUGCGUUCGAUCCGUACAAGCCCCAGAUCGUGUCGAUCGGCCCGUACCAUAAGGAGAAAGAAUUUGAAAAGCACAAACAGCUGUACCGAGAUUCAAUCCUCUCCCGCAAUCCCAAUCAUCCGUUGGGGGACUACCACACGGCGAUUGCGAAAUUGGAGACUGAAGCGCGAAGUUGCUACUCCGAGCAUGUCGGCCUGGAUCGCAACGAGUUUGUCGAAAUGAUGAUGCUUGAUGGUUGCUUCAUUGUUGAGCUCUUUCUCAGGAUAAAAGAAAAGAAAUUCGAGGAAGAGGACCCUAUAUUUCGUACGAUUUGGAUGCUGCCUCUUAUCAGGUAUGAUAUGCUCCUCCUCGAAAAUCAAAUUCCCUUCUUUGUCCUGGAGAUUAUUUACGAAAUGGCUAGUACUCUGGGGAACGGUUCACUUGUGGAACUCGCCCUUGAUUUCUUCGAACGCAUCAUAGAACACAAGAUCGAGGUUUCCAAGGAUCUGAUCAAUGGUCACUACUUCCAUCUGCUCCAUUUGUUCCACUCGUAUUUGAUGCCGACACCUAGAGAGAAGUCCAAAAAAUGUAAGAUACAAAUGUGCUUGUGCUCGAAAUGUUCAAGUGAGGCCAAGUUGCCUAUUAAAAACACUACAAUCAAGAAUAAGGCCAAGUUGCCUAUUAGAAACACUACAAUCAAGAUGAUCCCUUGUGCGGUUGAACUCCAACUUGCCGGGGUCAAGUUCAAGAAGAAAAAGGACUUCAGUAGCUUCUUGGAUGUGAAAUUUAGUUGCGGGGUGUUGGAAAUCCCUUACUUGUGUGUAGAUGACUGUACCAAUACUCUCCUUCGGAACCUUGUAGCGUUGGAACAAUUCUGCUACCCAGGUGUUAAAACGAUCCAUUUCACGAAUUACGUUGGGUUCAUGGAUUGCCUUAUCAACACAUCCAAGGAUGUGGCAUUACUCCAUCGCAAGGGGAUCAUAGAUCAUUUGUUGGGAAGUGAUGGGCAUGUGGCAGACUUAUUCAACCACCUCUGCUAUGGGAUAUUCAAUGAUUUCGAGGAUCAUAAUUACCUUUCCGGUAUAUACAAGGAUGUGCAUAAAUAUUACAACACCCCAUGCAACAGGUGUUGGGCGAGAUUGAGGAGUGAUUAUUUCACCAAUCCGUGGGCCGGCCUUUCCUCGGCAGCGGCCGUACUCCUCAUCGUGGUCACUAUCUUCCAAACUAUCUACACUAUCCUUUCUUACUACCAGGGACCUAGUUCUUGA